AUGCGCAGUUUCUAUCCUUUAUAUUCUGUCUUUUUUUUAGUGUGGAGUUUUGUUUCAGCAGACGACGACGAGAGACUUCCGAAUAAAUGCGAAGUGUGCAAGAUUCUCUCGGCGGAGCUGCAGGGGGCGCUGGAGAAAACUGGGCGCUCCAAAGAAGUCCUGGAGGUGGGAGAAGUGUUGGAUUCUGGGAAGAGCAGACGCAAGAUAAAAUACAACACGUCUGAAACCCGUCUGACUGAGGCUGUAGAUGACAUAUGUGAGCGUAUCCUGCACUAUAACGUGCACGCAGAGAGGCUGGGCAGCCUGAGAUACGCCAAGGGUACGAGUCAGACCAUGGCAACACUGAAGGACCUGGUCCAUAAAGGUGUUAAAGUAGACUUGGGCAUGCCCUACGAGCUGUGGGACGAGCCCUCUGUAGAGGUGUCCGACCUGAAAAGACAGUGUGAGAAGAUGCUGGAGCAGUACGAGGAGGUGGUGGAGGACUGGUACUUCCACCAUCAGGACCAGAGGCUGGAGAGCUUCCUUUGUGAGCAACGCGUCCUCAAGAUGUCCGAACGAGAAUGUCUGAAGGAGGUGUGGAAAGGCGACGCAGGAGGCACAGAGGAGCCGCAAAACGACAGCGCAGAGGAGUUGAACAAGUCGCACGAUGUCUCCGAGCUGUGAGGAGAACAUCUGCACUAAAACCAGCGACAGACGGCCUCAGAGUCGCCUUUUGCACAGAAAGCUUCACAAACUCGGUGCAGCUGCUGUGAUGCAAUAAUGCGCGCUGCACUUUUUUUCUCUUUGCAUCUUUUUAGCAAAAUGAGAAGGAGAAUAAUGUGGAAUUUUGCAGUUCAGAAUUUCUUUCCACAUCUCAGUAUUUUCAUAUGAAAGCUGACAGUCUAUUUUUAAUGCUGUUACACUACAUCUAUUCUUAUCCUUGAAAUAGCAAUAUGUACAUUUUUUUUUUUAUUAUUAUUAUUGUCAAUAAAACAGCUAUUUUU